CUGUAUUGCAGUUUGAAGCACGAUGGAAGCGGUGGAACAGCAGACCGUAGCGCUUCGAGAAUUUGGCUGCGAACAGAAUUUGCUCUCACGACCUGAUGGCUCAGCCUCGUUUGUUCAAGGUGACAGCAGUGUGUUGGCAGGCGUGUACGGACCAGCAGAGGUAAAAGUCAGCAAAGAAAUCUAUGACCGGGCCACACUAGAGGUGGUGAUCCAGCCCAAAGUGGGGUUACCAGGAGUGAGGGAGCGAGCAAGAGAGCAGUGUGUGCGGGAAACAUGUGAAGCAGCUCUUCUCUCCUUUCUCCAUCCACGUUCUUCCCUUUCUCUCGUCCUUCAGGUCAUUCACGAUGAUGGCUCACUUCUCUCAUGCUGUCUAAAUGCUGCCUGCAUGGCUUUAAUGGAUGCAGGGCUGCCCAUGGGGUGCCUGUUCUGUGGUGUGACCUGCGCGAUCGACCCAGAAGGACGCAUAAUCACUGACCCAACUGCACAGCAGGAGAAGAACAGUCGUGCUGUGAUGACCUUUGCUAUUGACAGUGCACAGCACAGAGUGAUGAUGUCAUCAACCAAAGGGUCAUUCUCAGUUAAUGAGCUGCAGCAGUGCAUAGCAGUCAGCCAGAGGGCCUCUGAGAAAAUCUUUCAGUUCUACAGAGACUCUGUCAGAAGACGAUAUUCCAAGACACUUUGACAGCGGCCAUUCUCCCUUUUACCC